AAACAUUAAACUGGUGGUCUAAACAAAUCAGGUUCAAGUAAAACUAGUGUCUCAUACUCCUCUUCAUCCCCCCUCUGAAACUGCAAGUUCUUGCCACACUGUCAUGGCCACCUUUACAUCAGGUGGAGCUGGUGUAGUACUCCCAAUCAAACUCCACACCCACAAACCAAAACCCUCAUCAUCUUCAUUUCUUGGCAAAAAAGUUAACCCAAGACCCCCUUCAAGACCAACUCUUACAAACCAAGCACCAGUUUCAGUUCUUGCAUUAGGAGGAGGGGAAUUAUUUGAUGCAGUUCAUAACUUGUUUUUGGGUGUUGGUGUGGGGUUACCAUGCACUGUGAUGGAGUGUGGUGACAUGAUAUAUAGAAGUACUUUGCCAAAGUCUGAUGCUUUGACUCUUACAGUUCCUGGUGCUGCUUUGGCUUUGGGUGCUUUGUCUUAUCUUUGGGCUACUCCUGGUGUUGCUCCUGGUUUCUUUGAUAUGUUUUUUCUUGCCUUUGUUGAGAGACUUUUUAGACCUACUUUUAGAAGGGAUGACUUUGUUUUGGGGAAGAAAUUGGGUGAAGGAGCUUUUGGAGUUGUUUAUAGAGUUUCAUUGGAUAAGAAGGCCUCUUCCAAGAGGGAAGGUGAUUUGGUAUUGAAAAAGGCUACUGAAUAUGGGGCAGUUGAAAUUUGGAUGAACGAGCGUGUUCGGAGAGCUUGUGCAAGCAGCUGUGCAGAUUUUGUGUAUGGAUUUCUUGAGAGUUCAUCAAAGAAAGGAUCUGAAUACUGGCUGGUAUGGCGCUUUGAAGGCGAGGCUACACUUUACGAUUUGAUGCAGAGUAAAGAUUUCCCCUACAAUGUAGAGUCGAUGAUUCUUGAAGAGGUUCAGGACCUACCCAAAGGACUGGAAAGGGAAAACAGAAUCAUUCAAACGAUCAUGAGGCAGCUUUUAUUUGCAUUGGAUGGUCUUCACUCGACCGGGAUAGUGCAUAGGGAUAUUAAGCCACAAAACAUCAUUUUCUCUGAAGGGUCUCGUAUAUUCAAGAUCAUCGAUCUUGGAGCUGCUGCAGAUCUACGGGUGGGAAUCAACUAUAUUCCAAAUGAAUUUCUUUUGGACCCAAGAUAUGCUGCACCAGAGCAAUACAUCAUGAGUACACAAACUCCAUCAGCACCAUCUCCUCCUGUCGCAACAAUACUUUCUCCCGUGCUAUGGCAGUUGAAUUUACCAGAUAGAUUUGAUAUUUACAGUACUGGCCUAAUUUUUUUACAAAUGGCAUUUCCAGGAUUUAAGUCUGACAGUAACUUAAUACAAUUCAACCGUCAAUUGAAAAGGUGCGAUUAUGACUUGGUCGCCUGGAGGAAAAGUGUAGAGCCACGUGCAAGUGCUGAACUUCGAAGGGGAUUCGAGUUACUGGAUUUAGACGGAGGGAUAGGAUGGGAGCUUCUGACAUCAAUGGUUCGUUACAAAGCGCGACAAAGAACAAGUGCAAAAGCAGCAUUAGCUCAUCCCUAUUUCGAUAGGGAAGGUCUGUUAGCUUUAUCUUUCAUGCAGAAGCUAAGGAUGCAAUAUUUUCGAACAACGCAACAAGAUUACGGGGAAGCUGCCAAGUGGAUUAUUAAUUUAAUGGCAAAAUCUGGAACAGAGAAGGAGGGUGGCUUCACUGAAGCUCAACUUCAAGAACUACUAGAAAUUGAUGAGCCUAGAAAGAAGGCAAAAGCUCAAAGAAAUGCUCUUGCAUCUGCACUACUUCUUCAGAGGAAGAUCAUAAAAACGUUGAACGAGAGCAUGGAUGAGAUUACCAGACGAAGCAAAAGCGUAUGGUGGAGCAAGUGGAUUCCGAGAGAGGAAUGAAACUGUACGUACGUAAUACUUAAUUCUUUACUCUUUGUAUAUUCGUCCAUUAUCAUAAAUUGACUAUCUUGGUUGUAUAGAAAUGAUGUCUUGAGAUAUAAGAUAUCAGCUGGAACCUCUGUAGAAAUUAUACAUGGUCUGUUGACUGCACGUGCAAGCUCCUUCAUUGUCUCUGAUAUAUUCUAUGCAAAAGAAAGUAAUGUAGUGAAACUGCUAUGAUAUAAUACUCCAAACCAGAACCUUCAUGUCUGGUAUUUUUUA